ACAAUAUCUAAUGUUAUUUUAUAUCAUAAAAUAAUUCAAUAGUGUAGGCAGGUGAGGAGUUCAAUAACAGUUUAGAUUAGAAUAAUGAAUGAAUAAAUAGAACGCCUGAUUUCCUACCUUGGCAGUUGAAUGUGACUCAGAGUAUGCAAAUGUAUCCUAAUAUACCCAACUUAAUCAUAUCACGUGUAAUGUUCAUUUGUCUGAAGAGAAUGAUAUAUUAGCUUGUGAUUCACAAUCAUUUUUGCACUUGGGAUUGUUCUUGAGAUGUUAUUAUUGAUUUAAAAAAAAUAUUAGUCGCCCUUGGCGAAGAACUGUGACAGAAGUAUUAUCGAAGUCUAUUCGCAAUAUUUCCUGGACGUUCGCAUACAAAAUGAGAGGUUGUUAAAGCUUACAGUAUUUUGUAAUACAGUAUAGAUCUUGAAAUCUUAGGUUCAGAAUGUCGGACAUAGCCAAAGCAUGGGAUUCUGUUUCUAAAGUUGCAUAUGGAGAAACAAAAAAGGAAGUAAACGAUAGUUACACGGAAUGGGCUAAAAAAUAUGAUGAAGAACUAGAUACACUCGGAUACCAAACACCAGAAAAUCUGGUUAGGGAAUUGUUGAAACAUUCAAAAAAUACAGAAACCACUACAAUAUUAGACGUCGGUGCCGGUACUGUAAAAUGUGGCGAACUAUUGAAAAAUGUCGGGUAUAAAGGAAUCAUGGACGCACUAGAAAUCAACGGCGCUAUGCUAGAAGUUGCCAGAUCCAAAAACAUAUACAGAAACCAUGUAGAAAUGGGAGUAUUUCCAGACAAAGAAAUUCCUCUAGAACACGGACUUUAUGAUGGCGUCGUAUGUGCUGGAUCAAUGCUUCACGGGCACAUGGAGGCUGAAUGUGUUGCGCCACUUAUUCAAGUUCUAAAGCCUGGAGGCGUUGCCGUUUGGAACACUCGUGAUACAGAGAAAGAAAAGGAGUACAGAGAAAAAGUUGCACGUUCCGUCGAACAAUUAGUGAAAUCGGGAGAAAUUGAAAAGAUAGAUGUUAAAGCAAUGCAGCACUAUAAAACAAAUUGCCGAGAAACUGGAGAUAAAAUGAUGGCGAUAGUCUAUGUUUACCGUAAACUAUGAGAAUAUUAAUUUGUGAAAAUCAAAAUAAAAUAAUUAAAAUG